AUGGAGAUGAACUAUGAUGCGAAGGAGCUCCACCGACUCGAGGAGGAGCUCCAUGUCGAGCUGCUUCCAGGGACCGAGAUCAUGGCGGAUGUUGGGACGCACCAUUUCGUCAAGAGCAGUGGCAAAGCCCACCGAGUCUUGGUUCCGCAACCGACGGACGACGCGCACGAUCCUCUGAACUGGUCGGUGCCGUGGAAGAUCGCCGCCAUUGUGGCCGCCAGCUUCGCCACCUUCAUGGAGGGCUUCGGCCCGCUGUCGCUGGCGCCCAUGUUUGGCGACUACAUCAAGGCCUUCAACUGCUCUCUGCCGGAUGCGGUGCAGUUCACCGGGGUCGCCAUCCUGGUGCUGGGGUUCAGCAAUUUCAUUUGGAUCCCACUCAGUACCUCGUUCGGUCGGCGUCCCGUCUACAUUUUCUCCCUCCUUGUCUGUCUGGGCUCGUCUAUCUGGCGCGCCCGUGCUCAAACAUAUGGCAGCUUCAUGGGGGCUUGUGUUCUCAACGGAAUCGGCGCCGGUCCGGCCGAAACGGUGCAGCCAGCCGUCAUUGCCGACAUCUUCUUCCUCCACGACCGCGGGAAAUGGAACACGCUGUACUGGGUGGUGUACAUGGGGUCGCUGAUGAUCUCGCCCAUCAUCGCCGGCGCCAUGUCUUCGCACGUGGGCUGGCGAAACUUCUGGUGGCUCAACACGGCGAUGCUGGGCCUGUCGCUCCUCAUGAUAGUCUUUAUGUUUCCCGAGACCAAGUGGCAUCGAGCCCAUCCGACCGAACUGCGACACGCCGAGCUCCUGACGGACCAGAAAGCGACGGUGGAAACGAGGGAAAACACAAAGGGCGAGGGCGACGUCGAAGCGCCCGUGCCGUCCGACGACCUGGUGGCGGUGAUUGCCCCCCACGCGCUCACGGCGGUCGAGACGGCGCAGCGAGACCCGUGGCUCGGCCGCGGCACGCCCAGCAAGACGCAAUGGGGCCUGUACACGCCCAACCCGACGCCGAUCAAGAGCAUCCUGCUGGACCUGUGGAUUCCGUGGAAGCUGUUCGCCUUCCCGAUUGUCGAGUUCGCCAGCUUCGUGGUCAGCUGGAGCUGCUCGUCCUUCUUGACCCUGAACCUGACGCAGACCCAGGCGUUUGCGGCGCCCCCCUACAACUGGAGCAACCAGACCAUCGGCUUCACCAACUUUGCCAUUCUGGCCGGCGCCAUGAUCGGCCUCGCCACGGCCGGGCCGUUUUCAGACUGGGUGUCUGCCCGGGCCACGGCCAGAAACCGCGGCAUCCGCGAACCCGAGAUGCGGCUGGUCGCCAUGAUCCCCUACGUGCUCAUCAUGUACCUGGGCAACAUCAUUGUGAGCGUCGGCUACGAACACCAAUGGCCGUGGCAGGCCAUUGUGAUCAUCGGUUACACCUGCGCCGGCAUCCAGGUCGCCGCGCUCCCGGGCAUGGUCUCGACCUAUGCCGUCGACAGCUACAAACCCGUCGCCGGCAGCCUGUUCGUCUCCAUCACCGUCAACAAGAACGUCUGGGGCUACGGCUUCAGCAAGUUCAUUACUGAUUGGAUCAUCGCCGAUGGCUACAUCCCACCCAUCAUGACCAAUGCCUCGUUGAUUCUGCUGUGGUGUCUCUUCGCCAUUCUGUUCUAUUACAAGGGCAAGACCUUCAGGAGGUGGUCGAAGAACAGCUCCGUGCACAGCAUGUAA